AUGUCCAGUUUUCACAGCCAUCCCCUCGGGAUUGUUACUUUGGUCGCGCACUUUGUCCAGUGUGUAAGUGCCCUCAUCGUGCUUGGUAUCAUGGCAUGGGCAGUUCGGGGGACAAAGACGCUUACAGUUAUUUAUUCUCUUGUCGUCGCUGUCUUGACCCCCGUUGCGUUCGCCUUGUCUACUGGUUUUAGCUGCGUCAGCAGACACCAUAGUUGGCACGUUGUGCCCUUAUACUUGACCGACACCGUUCUCUCCUACCUUUGGCUCACUUCCUUCAUCUUCCUCGCCCAGAACUUCAACCAAACCAACUGCAGCUUUUCACGAUGGAACGGAGAGGUAGUCUGUAGCCGGCAAUAUGCCGCCGAAGCAUUUGCCUUCAUUGCCUUCUUCGUCACUCUUGGCUCUCUCCUAUUCCAAUUCUUCUACGCUUAUACUUAUCGGCCUCAGUUUGCGCUGCCAGGGGAGGAGCAGAGGGCGAAAGAAAACCUGCACGGGAAUUUGGAAACCGCUGGUGUUCUGUAA